GAGCAAUUCGUUCAAGGAACAUAAAAUAAUUCUUAUCCACCAACAGCACAAUGCCUAUUCCUCUUUACACAGAUCAAACCACAAACCAACUACAGGGACAAGCCAACCCCAACACUACACAGUUCUCCCAGCAAGCCGGCGCUCCGGGUACCACAUCAGGAAGCAGCAGCACCAGCAACACCGGUCCUGCGAUGACGACCAGCUUUGCGCAGAGCAGCUUCCCCUCCGCUAUGGAUGCACAGGGUCAGCGUUUGAGCAAAGAGGAGGCGGAUCGGCUCUAUGAAGAACGUAUGGAGGAUGAGUAUGCAAAGAGAGAAGGCGGCGCUUAGGUUACAUUUUCUCUGUAUUCACAGUUGCUUUGAUGAGUAUGCUAGGUAUGCUUCACAAAGGACUGUGCUCGAGGGGCGCUUGAUAUAUGAUAUACCUGGCUACAUGAAUAUCCACUUGUAAAUAGUUUAGAAGGGCCUCGGUUUAUGCAUUUGCCCAUAAGUAUUAACCUGAAUUACAAUUUCCUUGCAAUUUCCUCUCGGU